GCAAAGCAUUGCACUGGCAACAUUUUUAAAACGAAAAAACCAAAUGCCAAAACUUGGCGGCGUCUCCAUCUUAUAGGUUAUAAUUUGUUGUAGAAAACAUUAUCAGCGAAAAUGGCGGCGGCUAUGCCCAUCAACCCAAAACCUUUCCUGAACAGCCUAACCGGUAAAGCUGUUCUUGUAAAACUAAAAUGGGGUCAUGAAUAUAAGGGAUUAUUGGUAUCUGCUGAUGGUUACAUGAAUUUACAACUCGCCAAUACUGAAGAAAUUGUUGAUGGAAAUUGUACAGGUAACCUUGGAGAAGUUCUGAUCAGAUGUAAUAAUGUUCUUUAUGUAAGAGGGGCAGAGGAAGAAGAUGAAGAAGGAGAAAUGAAGGAAUGAUGCUAGCUAUACAAAUCAUAGAUUUAAUUUAGUUGUAAGGUUGUACUAAUUAAAUAAACAUAAGUUUUAUUUAAGAA